GCAUCGAUCAGGACCUGUUGUUGUUCUUCUUUCUUUACUGACGAAGUAUUGUACCUGCCACUCUUUUCAGGGCGAUCUUCUACUGUCUUUACCUGAUAUUUGACUCUUCUUGCAAGCCACUUUAACAGUACUCAGCAUGAGGGCCUCUUUGCGAGCACUGCUGCUGACUGCAGCCUGCAUUGUUGGACAGGUUGCCGCAGCGCCAGCGGUUUCUGUGGUCGUUCGCCAAACUCCUGAUGCUGUUCCGGUCAUGCCAGGAGGUGUCGAGGACCUCAUCAUCACAGCAGAGAACACACUCAACGCAACCAAUCCUGAGCCAGUCCCGGCCAAUGAGACACGUAUGGGAAUUCAGGCCAAUCGCCAGCUGCCACUCGCACUGGUCAACAACAUUGGAGGUGCCGUCAAUGCCUACAUCACUGGCCUGGACCCAAGCGGCCGUGUGGUCUUCGUUCAGCCAAAUGGUCAAUUCAUGUAUCCUCCAGCAGAUGCAAGCUUCACAACUCCGCGCGAGGUGUUUGGCAACAUCGCCAUCCCUUUGAACACUGCACAAGGCAGCACCACUCGCAUUACUCUUCCCGACUAUCUGUCUUCCGGCCGUAUCUGGUUCGCGAAGGGCAACUUGAAGUUCUACUCCAUCUGGGCCGGAAACGCUCCUGGCCAGGUGCAGCCCAGCUUUGCCAACCCAAGAGAUCCUUCUGCAGGCGUAGACUGGGGCUUCGUCGAGUUCACCAACAAUGCAGGUGGCUUGUAUGCAAACCUCUCUUACGUCGAUUUCGUUGGACUCGCUCUCGGCAUGUCGAUGCAACCUGGUAGCGGUGCUGUACGAACUGUGCGCGGCCUCCGUACGUCUGGUGUGGGUGCAGUCUGCUCUGCACUCGCCGCCCAGGGAAGGAAAGAUGGCGCUCCUUGGGGUCAGCUCUGCCAAAGUGGUGGUAACGGCCCUCUCCGAGUUGUUGCUCCUUAUCCAUUCAUGCAGUCCAGCUCAGGCGCAUUUGGAGAUUACUUGGCUGGCCAUGUUGGUCGUGUCUGGGACAGAUACCGGACCAGCACCCUCACGAUCGAUACUCAGAUGGCCGCUGGCAGGGUCAACUGCCGUGUCAAUGGCGACUGGCUUUCAUGCGACGGCGACAACCGUGCUUACGCAAAGCCUUCGACCGCAGACAUCUUUGGAUGCAACAGCGGUCCAUUCGCCAUCCAGGGAUCCGACAAUGCCGUCCACCGAGCAGUAGUUCCCAGACUCUGUGCUGCUUUCAAUCGCGGCACUAUGUUGAAGAGUGCCCUCCAGCCAGGGCCAUCCCACGACACUUACUACAAGAACGAGCGCAACAACUGGUACUCGCAGAUCGUGCACUCGAACCAGCCCGAUGGAAGAGGGUAUGCAUUUAGCUACGACGAUGUCAACCCAACAGGAGGCGUCGACCAGAGCGGGACUCUGGCCGACGGCAACCCGCAAUUGCUCAGCAUCUUUGUUGGUGGAGCAUAG